UCUUCCUCUCAGUGGGGCAAGUAGCUGUAAGAAAACUGCCAUGAACGCUCUCCUUACUGUUCUCGUCGGCUCGAUUUCGGCUGCUUCGGCGGGCUUCAUCGGUGGUGGCCACGGUGCGGUACCCAGCAUAGGCUACAGCUCUGGCUACGGGGCCGGCUACGGCUCGAGCUCUGGCUUUAGCUCUACCGGCACUGGUCUUUCCGUCGCUGCUGCUCCAGUUGCAGUCACCAGACCAGUCGCAGCGGUACCAGCUCGUACCUCAACAUCUUACGGCACAACGACCACCACCGUGACUACCCUACACGGCGCAGGAGCUGCUGGUCACGGUUAUGGCGCUGGUCUUGGAUAUGGGACCGGUGGUCUGGUUUACGCGACGAGCAGCGGCCUCGGUGGAGCUGGUAUUGGGUUCGGUUCGGGCUAUGGCGUCGGUGUUGCCGCAGUACCUGGCGUCGUACGCCCCGCUGUCACCGUGACUGCUGCACCGGCUGUCGCUGUGGCGCGUCCCGUCUCUGUAGCCGCUCCGGCUGUGUCAGUGGCUCGCCCAGUGGCAGUGGCUGCUGCUCCGGCCGUUCCCCUGGUUCGUCCCGUCACUUUCGCCGCUCCGGCUGUGUCAGUGACUGCUGCUCCGGCCGUUUCUCUGGCUCGGCCAGUCGCUGUUGCUGCUCCGGCUGUAGCUGUCACUCGCCCAGUGGCUCAGCCAGUAGCCAUCGCUGUCCCUGCUGUGUCCACUGUGGCGGUGGGUCCGGCUGUAGCGGUCGGAAGUGGACUGAGUGGUCUUGGCGCUGGUUUCGGUGUCCCUGGAGCUUUCGGUGGUGUCGGUUACAGCUCAGGCUAUGGUUCCGGCUACGGCGCUGGCUACGGUCGCGGCUAUGGCUCCAUCUAUGGUGCUGGUAUCGGCAUGCUCGGUGUCACAUACGUCAAAGGAGCCAAGUGGUAAACACCCAUGAAACACUUGUUCCUCUUCGACCAUCACGAAAUAUGUACAUGGACUUUUGUAUUUUUAACUUAUUUGAGAACGCACAUGUAAGGAGGCAUAGAACUUCACACCCUUCAGC